AUGGAGCUGAGUACCCAAGAGCCUACUCAUCCGCCGCAUCCUGCGGUCAAUGAAGCGAAGAGGCCUCAGGUACAGCCCUGGGUACACCUGCUCGCCGGCGCGACUGGUGGCAUGGUGACGGCCAUCAUCACUUCACCUCUUGACGUAUUAAGAACUCGACUUCAGUCAGACCUAUAUGCCUCUCCAGCGCACGACUCAAAAUACGGGCUUUCUUCGUUCAAAAGCCCCUUUCGUCAUGUUUAUGACACAUUCCGUACUAUUGGCACAAUAAGGGGACGCGAAGGGUGGCAUGGCUUGUUCCGCGGUCUUGGACCUAGCCUAGCUGGCGUUGUCCCUGCAACCGCCGUGAAGUUUUACGUCUACGGCAAUUGCAAACAGCUCAGCGUUCAGUACCUAGGUCUUAGGCCUGACGAGCCCAUUGUGCAUGCUUUGGGAGCUGUCGCCGCAGGCCUAGCAACUGCAACGGUAACGAAUCCGAUUUGGCUCGUCAAGACCAGGCUGCAACUCGACAUGGCUCAAUCACAUCGCGGUGAUUUAAUGCGUCAAUAUAGUGGUAGCUUGGAUUGCAUACGGCAAGUCGUACGGUCCGAGGGCAUACGGGGGCUCUACCGAGGGCUGACUGCCAGCUACUUGGGUACGGCUGAAACGGUUCUUCAUCUUGUGUUAUAUGAGCGACUCAAAGCGGUCUUUCAUACAUCGCUGGCCAAAUUCACAACCACAGAUACCCCGGCCCUCGGUGAAGUCACCAACUGGACCAGUACAAGCGGCGCCGCCGGUUGUGCUAAAAUAGCGGCUGUUUUAAUAACGUAUCCUCACGAAGUUGUCAGAACGCGAUUGCGCCAAGCACCGGCGGACAAGGGCCAGCAAGGAUAUUCUGGGCUCCUGCGGUGUUUUCGAAUUAUAUGGCACGUGGAGGGCCGGCGAGGAUUAUAUGGCGGGUUGACGCCACAUCUAGUACGCUCUGUUCCGUCGGCAGUGAUCACACUCGGAGUGUACGAGUUUGUCUUGAGACUGGCCAAGACACCUGCAACCGAGCCUUCAAAGCAAUUUACUCCAUGA